AUGGCUGAAGCUGCCCAUACUGCUGGCGAAGAACUCUUCAGACGUUGCGACUUUCUGGGGGCUCAGAAACGAUUCAGCGAAGCCUCGAAGCUCGCCCCGAAAGAACCCAAAUACGCUUUGAACCUCGCGAAAGCCUUUUUCGAACAGGGCAAAUACGAAGCUUGUGUCAAGACUGCGAGGGUUGCGUGGCAGAAGAUCAGUCCGAAGGCGAUCAUCGAUAGUGACGAUGUUGCUGUGCAGGUUGCGAGUUUGUAUGCCAGGGCUCGCAUAUAUGAUGCGUACCAGAGGAGGUUGGACUCGGAUGGGGCUUCAGACGCGACGAAUUCUCCACCAGCACAAGUGCAGGUGAAUGCGGCGCAGGAGAGGUUGGCGGCGCAGAUUGCCACCGCGAUUGACGGGUUCAUCGAGAGAGGACUUGAAGGUGAUAACCCGGUUUUUGACGCGUCUUUUGGAGUGGUUUGGAAGCAGUUUCGGAAUGUUGAGGAGGAGCGGACGGAGGAAGAGAAGGAGAAGGUUGUGAAGGCGGGGCGGCAUUUGUGGAGUAUUCCGAUUCUUAAAGCUGAAUUGCAUAAGAAUGCGCAUCUGAGGAAGUUCGAAGCGGAACCGUUUUACUCCAUUACGGAGAACCUCAUUGUCGAUAUCAAUACUAAAGACGCCAGUGGGCUUCCUAUCGAGAAACGAAAUGGACGUGCUGUCCUGGUUGGAAGUUCGGCGAUUCUCAUUGCAGGAUUUGGUGACGGGAGAAACGUCCUGGGCAACAUCAUCACCCACGGCAAGUUCCUCAAAGACGUCACCUCGAUGGGACGGUCUGGCCUCCGAGCAAGCGAACGCAAUCUACACGUUACAGCCGUCGAGAUUGAGCCUGCUCUGGUUUCGAGGUUCUUGAUCACGUUGUGGUUGCUUGAGAGGCUACAGGAGAAGAAGAGGGCAAAGGAGGAGAAGGGUGUUUCGGAGAUUGUUGCGACGCUGCUAUUCUUGCAUACGACCUUGAUUAUGCCCGGGUAUUGUGCUGAUUGGGUCCAGCAGGCCAUCGACGCCCUCCUCGCACUCCUAGCUGAAGGCCGAACACACCUCUUCUCUUCCAUCCACAUCUCAGCAUCGUCGAUCGAGCCUAUCACCUAUUUCCUGCGGCUCUGGUCCACAGUCCGGUCUCUUCGAACCGUCAAAGACUUCCUUGCGUCCAACCCCAUAAGCGACCGCCACCCAGUCAAACGUCUCCCCGAGAAACCCUCAGCUCUCUUAGCUAAGGGCGUUAAGGAUGUGGACCAGCGCCCAGGGUCGUCAGAACCUAUCUACAACGAUGUGGAUAAGGAGCUGGUGGAGUGUCAUUUGAAGUUGAGGGUGUUGUUCCCGCCGAAGAAUCUUUUGGGGAGGCAUCCGGCGGUGGCGAAGUAUGUGAAGUGUAGGGGUGUGCCGUCGAGGGAGCUGGCGAUGGCUGCUGAGGAGGAGAUUGAGACUACUUGGGCUGUGAAUGUUGCGCUUUUCGACCCACUCAACCUAGUGGACGACUCCACAGAGCCCUACCCCCGCGUCACCGACAACCCGUUCGACGCCCUCUUCCGCUUCCUCACCAAAACCCGCGAAGCCGUCAAGGACAAGCAGAUGUCUCCCGGCAAAACGGCUAUCGCGAUCGCGACGAAUUGGUUUAUGCUCGCGUCGGACGUGAUGGCGUGGUGGGGUGAGAAGCUGACGGUGGAGAUUCUGGUGGGGGAUGUGUAUAGGGCGAUGCCGUUGCUUGUUGAAGGGGAUCUGGGGCCUAGGCCGGAGGGGUUCCCGAGGAAGUAUAUGAGGGUGGGGAUGAAUACGUUGCCGGAUCAGAAUCAGGGUCUUAUACCGAUUGCGACGUCGAUCCUGCCUUUUGUGGAUGUGGUCGACAAAGCGGAGGUCAUGAUGGAUACGAAUAUGCGUCCGGGAGACAAGAGGGUUUCGGUGGCGCAUUUCUACUACCAGCAUACACUCCUUCAAGCCCGUGACAUCCCCAAGUUCCUCGGUCUAACAGUCUUCUACAACCCCAACGACGUCUACAACAUCCCCAUCUACUUCCGCCCUCCGCAGCUCCCCCGACCACUCAAAGAGCUAGCCUCCAAAGACGCUCUCAUCAACUGGCUCACCUCCCUCCUCUUCGCCAUCAUCUCCGACGGCCAGGCCGAUGCUCCCCCGAACGACCAAGCCACGUCCUUGACUUUAGGCGGGUUCUUCGAGUUUCUGGUGCACCUCCACCGCGUGGGGUUCCCUGGCCAUUGGAUGGGUGAUUUCGUGGGUGAUCUAGUGGAAGGAAGGAUUGAGACGAGGGUUAGAGCGUACCACGGGACUCUACCCCGCGAGAUCUGCGAACACGGGUGCGAGCCCCCCGGGUCGCCCACACCCACACCAAGAACCAUCGACCUCCAGUUCCUCCAAGCGGAAGUGGAGGCGACCCUAGCUCUCGUUUGGCGUGCACUACCCUUUCCGGUAGCGCUCCCCGACCGGUUCAAGGCGAAGUGGGAAGACGAGGUUGAGACGUACCAGGCCCCGGUGGAGUUGGCUGGGGAUGAGUAUUUGGGCCCGAAGUAUAGUAAGGCGGUGCAGUUGGUGUUUUUUAGGCCGAGGAGGGGGGUGCCGGUGUGGAGGAUGGUGGAGAGGUUGCAUCGGAGGCUGGAGGGAGGGGAGGAGGGGGAGGGGGUGUAUAAGUGCUAUGAAGUUGAGUGGGUAAGGAGUGAACCUACAGCUGAGCCUGAUGAGAAGGAGAAGGGAGAAGAGAAGGGAGAAGAAGGGAAUGUGGAAGAGGGGAAGGGAGAGGAGGCGGAGGUGGAGGCGGAGGUGGAAGAGGGGAAGGUGGACGACGGUGGCGAUGGCGAAAAGACCACUUUGGAAGAUGGAGAAGCGAAUGGUGGGUGUCAGAAUAAAGAGGGUCAGGGUGUUGAUGAGAAGAAGCGUGGUGGAGAGGGGGAAGAGGCUGGUACCCACUCUGAAGGCGGCGAGAAGACGGAAAGUGGAGGUGGAGUCGACGACCCUCCGUCGGAGGACCAGGGAGAUGAUCAAGCUGAGAAGCCCACCAACGACACCUCUACGGGUACAACAGAAGUCAGCUCAGACGACCCUGUUGAAAACGCUGAGGGUCAAGCCUCUAAACCGCAGAACGGUGAAUCUGCCCCACAGGCUCCAGCCCAUUAUUUAAGCACAGCGAAUGGCAGUGGUAGCGAAGAGGGCGCCCAGACACCAGGUGUACCAUUGUCCGACGCCGCUGAGAAGGGCAGUAACCAAGGCGAAGUCACUGACACCACCGAGGAAGCAAACGAGGACGAUGAGGAGCUUCCCGACGAUGGGGAAGACGAGAUUCAAAUCAUCACACAGUCGUUGGAGGAACCUCGGAACGGGAACCUGGUAUGGUACAUGUCCAAACGAUGGAAAGAGAAGAUGGUCGAAGAGGGUUGGGAAGUCGUCGCAUAUCGAGAUGACUACCGCAUUAUCGUGACGACGAGCUCGCCGGCGAGCGAAUGGACUGUUUACGAUCCUGAGGAUCAUACGUGCACAGAAGAGUGUUUGGGUGGACAUGAGCUGCCUGGAGAAUCGAAGGAGUAA